AUUUUUAAAGGGCGCAGGCAAGUCGCGAUGCAGCGUGACCCUGCUGGCGCGCCCGCCCCAUGCAUUUGUGGUCCCCAGGGCUGAAUCGCUCCCCGCGGCCUUCGCGCCCCACUCCCUGGUCCAUUGAUCUACGUGACGGCGGCAUCUGCAAAAAGGGACGUCGGCACAUUAUCACGGUGCCUCUUUCUGCUCAGUGUACUAGGCAAACAGGAUUGGCCCUUUUCGCGCCGCGCAAUGAUGCGGCAGCGAGAAUGGUGGGAUCAGCGUUCCCAGUUCUCUUCCGCUGCGUCUGGUCCGGCCCUGUAGCUAAAGAGGCGUGACACCUCGCCAACUUGUUCUACACAAGCAGCCGAUGUGAUUCGCCGGGCUGCAUCAGGCCGCAACCGCCACUUUGGCUAGAGCAUACCAAUACCCAGCGCCGAAUCGGACAAUGCGAAAUUUCAGGUGGUGGGCCUCCCAGCUGCGCCUACAGCGGCAUUGGUCUCCUGACGCCCCUCCCAAGUUCCCCCACCGUCUCGAGCCAGAAGACAUCUCAGUUCCCUCAUAGCGACGGCCGUCAUCCCAUAUUAACGCGUCGCCGAUUCGCAGGCGUUGCCGUUUAGUGAAACCGUUGCAUCUGCUCGACGUGCGGGAGAGACAGCAUGGCAACGCCUGAGAUGCGUCAGGCCAUGAACGGCCAGCGUCAAAACAUUAUACAGCAUCAAGGCACCGGGGAUCACAACAAAUACGAGACUCAUCAUCAUACGCAUGUCGAAUACGCACAAAGCAACCACUGCCCCAAGUACCUGGCAGAAGUCGACCCGCACGAGGUCAAGACGCGCAUCGAGGAAACCAAAGGCGGCCUGCUCAAGGACGCGUCCAGCUGGAUCCUGCACCAUGCCGACUUCCAGCAGUGGCGCGACCGGGACAGCCAGCUGCUCCGGAUCAAGGGCGAUCCCGGCAAGGGCAAGACCAUGCUCCUCUGCACCAUCAUCGACGAGCUUGAAGGAGAGACGAAGUUACGAAACCCAGAGGCUACAACACUGCUUUCCUACUUCUUCUGCCAAGCUACCGAUGCGUCCCUUAACAACGCUACAGCCGUCCUACGCGGCCUUAUCUAUAUGCUCGUGAAGCAACGCGAUUCGCUCCUUUCGCAUCUCCGGGACAAGUUUGACGAUUCGGGCCAGCCGCGUUUCCAGGAUGCAGGAGCAUGGAAUGUGUUGUCUGGCAUUUUGGUGAACAUCCUCCGCGACGGGAAACUGCCAAAGACGGAUCUGAUUAUUGACGCGCUCGACGAGUGUACGAUUGGCCGUGACAAGCUGGUGGACCUCGUGCGCCAGAACGCGUCGUCCGGCGUCCGGUGGAUCGUAUCAAGCCGGAAUAACGUCGAACUGUCCGGACAACUCGACUACCCACAUUCAACCCUCGAGCUUGAGCAACCGGACAACGCCAAGGCUGUGUCCCUGGCUGUCCACACCUACAUUAACAGCAAGACGGCGCAUAUCAAAUCCCCACUACAGGACCACGUUCGGGAGGUCCUCCGCCAGAAGGCCGACGGCACGUUCCUCUGGGUGGCCCUCGUCGUCCAGGAACUCAAACGAGCAAAGCCCUGGGAGGUGCGGCGGAUGGUUGAUGAGGUGCCGACAGGCCUUGACGAACUGUACUCUCGUAUGAUACAGCAGAUACGCCAGCUUCGACGAAGCGAGCAGGACUACUGCCGGCUCGUCCUCUCAGCCGUCACGCUAGCCUACCGGCCUCUUCGCCUACCUGAGCUCGGCGUUGUGUCAGGCCUACCAGACGAUAUUUCCGGCGAGGACGAAUAUAUUCGGGAAGUGGUCAACACAAGCGGCUCCUUCCUUACAGUUCGCGGCAAAACAGUCUACUUCGUUCAUCAAUCUGCUAAGGAAUACCUAGCCGAUAAGGCCACCUGGACGAUCUUCCCAUCCGGUCCCGCGGCGGCCCACUAUGUUAUGUUCCGGCGGUCGCUCAACGCCUUGUCAGUCCUUCGAUACGAUAUCUACGGCCUACGGCACCUCGGUACCUUGAUUAACGACGUCAAGGUGCCCAACCCAGACCCGUUGGCUGCGCUAAGGUACUCGUGCGUCUACUGGAUAGACCACUUUUGCAACGCGUACGACGGUGUCCCUACGGUGUCCUUCCUGGUGUUGUUGUUUCUUUUCCAUCUUUUCAAAGUUCUCGGGAUGUCAAGAGGUAGAUCUGCGGGAGCUUUUAUCCACGACUGCUCGCAGUAUCUGAAAGUUGGGACUGUACUUAACAGAUACUUGCAGUGCCAAGGUCAUCUCCGCGAUAACAGCGAUGUCCACAAUUUCCUGCAGCAGUACUUCCUCUACUGGAUCGAGGCGCUAAGUCUGUGUGGCGCCAUCUCGGACGGCGUCCUCGCCGUAGCAAGGCUGGAAAGGCUGCUCAAAGCAAGUCUUCAGCUCCCGCCACCUAGGUUCCUGCUAACCGUGCUACAGACAAUCACUACCGAUUCGGAACUGCUGUUGUUGACACAAGACGCGCACCGGUUCCUCCGCUCCAACGGAUUUAUUAUCAAAAACGCCCCGCUUCAAGCAUACGCGUCAGCGCUCUUAUUUAGUCCGACUAAAAGUAUAUGCCGGCAACUAUUCCGGAAAGAAAAACCCAAAUGGGUAACGAUCCAGCCAACGCCAUGCACGCAUUGGAGCCCGCUCGUGCAAACGCUGACGGGCCAUACCGACUGGGUUUACGCGGUCGCCUUUUCGCCGGACGGCCAGCUCGUAGCGUCGGCGUCGCACGACCACACCGUCAAGUUAUGGCACGCCGGCACGGGCGAAAAGAAACAGACGCUAACGGGCCAUACCGAUUCGGUUUUGGCCGUCGCGUUCUCGCCGGACGGCCAGCUCGUAGCGUCGGCGUCGGGCGACCGCACCGUCAAGCUAUGGCACGCCGGCACGGGCGAAGAGAAACAAACGCUAACGGGCCAUACCGAUUCGGUUUUGGCCGUCGCGUUCUCGCCGGACGGCCAGCUCGUGGCGUCGGCGUCGGACGACGGCACCCUCGUAGCGUCGGCGUCGGGCGACCGCACCGUCAAGCUAUGGCACGCCGGCACGGGCGAAGAGAAACAAACGCUAACGGGCCAUACCGAUUCGGUUUUGGCCGUCGCGUUCUCGCCGGACGGCCAGCUCGUGGCGUCGGCGUCGGACGACGGCACCGUCAAGCUAUGGCACGCCGGCACGGGCGAAGAGAAACAAACGCUAAGGGGCCAUACCGACUGGAUUAGCGCCGUCGCCUUCUCGCCGGACGGCCAGCUCGUAGCGUCGGCAUCGGGCGACCGCACCGUCAAGCUAUGGCACGCCGGCACGGGCGAAAAAAUACAAACGCUACCGGGGAACCGUUUCAUUCGUACUAUUAAAUUCGACGUUUCGACGCAGUCUCUCCUUACAAAUACCGGCCGCAUUAGCUUGGGCAGCGCCGCUCCCGCGACAGCUCAAAAUAGCGAAAUCGCUAACGCCGCUCCCGCCGCAGGAGCCGCCACCCAACGGCGGCGGGAGCAGCAGCUAAAGCAAAAGCCGUACGGCCUCGACGGUGAUGGCUCCUGGAUUACAUACGAUGGAGAGCGCGUGCUGUGGCUGCCGCACGAGUUCCGACCGUGGUCGUCGGCGGCUUGGGGAUCUGCGAUCGCUAUCGGCUGUAUAUCGGGCCGGGUCCUAAUAUUCAGGUUUAGUGACGGCGAGACGCCUUUAAUGAACGCGCCGUCGAUGUUCGAGACGGAGCCGAGGCAAGCGCCGAGAUGGCAAGACGCUAACACUGCAGGGCUAUGCGGCGUGUCGGACUACGCAGACUCUCACAAGAAUGACGAGUGGCAGCAUUACACUGCAGCGGCGGCUGUGGGAUGUGCCAAAGAACUUUUUUCGCACGUGCGUCCAGCAAAGCCCACGAAGCCAGAGUCGGUGCCCAUGGAUGGCCACAGCGAAAUGGGCCGUUCUGGUGGGCCUCGUUCGCAGGGAUUUUGCGGAGUUUACCACUCGGGUUCUGGGAGUUUUCCCGUAGGAUGUAACCUGAACAUCGGGCGCUAGAUCCGGCGGCCGCGCGAAAUGGUUGGCGGAUGGACAGCAGUACUUCGUUUGUGAUAUUGCCACAACGCUUCCUCCUCCAGAGAUGAGCCCCCAAUUUCCCGGCUAGUUAUCUGAAAAGUGAACCCUGUACCUCGAGAAUGAUGUAGUUUCCAUAUACCUGAAAACCCCAAAAUUGGGUGUGCAAA